AUGUUCCGCCUGCGCUUCACCGUCCCCCGUAUGCGCCCGCGGCGGGUCCUCCUAUUGGUCCUCGGAAUGGUACUCGGAAUCGCAGCGAUUGCCGAAACAAUGGGCGUGUUCAAGUACGUCUUUAUUCCGGUUUAUAAUCGGAAAACAGCGUUACAUCUCGUAAAGGCACUCGAAUCGAGUAUUCACCAAGUUUGGAUGGGAGAAAAAGACGCUAUUGAGUGUAUGCAGAAUUCGCGCUGCAUUGCUGAGGAUUACAUCGAGUCGUCGGAUCCAGAGAUGAUGGUGUCCAACUCGACUGUAUCCAACGCAGGGCGGGGACCAGUCGACUUGUGGCGCUUGAUGGUGACGAGCUGGCUCGGCGCACGACCAAGCCGCGCCCAGUCGCCAGGACACGACCUAACUCUUGACUGGGGCGUGACAACAGAAGGUGGAGAAGAGAACUGGAGCAUCCACCCUCUCGGCCGAUGGCAUAUCAUCUCACCCUACGCAUUUCCCGACCACGCUUGGGUGCCGUUCAUCCACUCUCGAGCGUGUGAUCCGUCGACAUUCAGCGUCAUCCAGAAACCAAAACGCCGCGGGGCGCAACGAACCGUGCUCAUCCUGGGCGACGGGCUGUAUCUCGAUACACUGAAUUGGGCCCUCGUGUGGUUACUCCUCUACGACCGAGGAUAUAAUGUCACCUUUACAAUUCCCUCCUCUGGACCCACCGGAAAUGGAUGGAUAAAGGCUAUCUCGAUUGAUCCCGAAUCAUACCCCGAUCUCCUUGGAGAUGUCGACGUUCUCCUGGGUAUCGGCGGUCCACAUAUUCCCACUACACCUUAUAUCGCCAUGUGUCGGGGUACGCCUGCUGUCUUCCCAUCGAUGAGGGACCUCGAUGGGAUGGGAAUGCUCGAGGGAUGGGAACGAUACGAUCCUUCAUGGACUCAACAUGGGCAGUAUUACGUCGACGAGCCGGAACCGUACGGGUUCACGUACAUGUGGGGGAAUAAUGAACAGCUGGCUAACGCGCUGUGGAAGGCUCUCGAGAGCGGAAAAACUCCUCACACACCGCGCCAGUUUGGGCCGCUCGGGUUGUAUGAGAGCCUCGAGGCUGUUUUGAAUUACGACUACGAGGACGAGUAUCUUAGUCAAAGAGAAGAACGAGGCGGGCCCAUUGGACUUGCAGACGACCUCCGCGCCAACUGCUGGAAGAAGAGAUGGUGUACCAAGGACAAGGACGAAUAG